AUGAAUUAUGGUUAUGAUAGCAUUGAGGUGGACUUAAAAAAAGAUUUAUUUCGCCAUUUUAUUCGGGCUAAAUAUGCUAAUUCGGUCGAGGUUUCUCGCAACUUAAUCACUCAAUUUGCCAGUGAUUUGGAUGAGAUUUCUUAUAGUAUUUGGUUUAUUCCUAAUCGCUUAAUUUACGCAGCAGCGGCUAUCUCUUGUGUUAUUAUUCAUGAUUUUAAUUUUGGUCAAGAAGGAAAGAUAAAUUGGACUUUCUUAGUCAUGGCUUUUGGCUUAUUUGUCGUUUUGAUUAUCGGGGAAGUGUUACUAUUUAAAAAAGCGGCUAAAUUAAAUGUGGCAGCGAAAAAAAGGCAAGAAGAGGAUAACAAAAUAAUUUACGAACGGAUUAAUCAUUUAGAGUAUAUUAAAGCCGUAUCGGGAGAAAAAUACGAAGAAAAAAAAGUUGGUCAGCAACUGGAUUCUACUUUCCGCAAAAAUAAAAAAUCUCUCUUAUAUAGUGCCCUGUUUAAGACGGUUCCCCAGUAUCUAAUUAUUCCUAAUAUUCCCAUUUUUUUUCUGGCUUUAACCUUAACCCUCGCCUCUCCUUCUAAUCAAGGAGAAGCAGUGUUUCUCAUUGGCAACUUUUCGCUUUAUUUUAUCUCGGUUAAGAAUUUGAAUGGGGAAGUAACUAAAAUAGUAGAAGCCUUAUUAAGUUUGGACGAACUUUCCAGCAGUGUGGAAAUUGUUAGUGAGACAGUAAAAACUCUUCAUCUUCCCGCCCCUCUUUCUUUGCCAGUUGCUCCCCGCCCAAAUCUCCCUUUUGCUAAUGGUGAUAUAGUUUUCCAAAAGGUAAUUUUUGCUUAUCCAAAAAGACCUCACCAAAAUAUUUUACGCAAUUUUUCUUUCCGUUUUAUCCAAGGUCAAAGUUAUGGAAUUGCCGGUGAAAAUGGCAUUGGCAAAAGCACUAUUACUAAAACCACCCUUAAACUUUACGAUUUAAAAGCCGGGCAAGUCUUAAUUGGUGAGCGUAAUAUUCAAGAAAUAGACACUACUAGUCUCCACCAACGUAUUUGCUACCAAACUAACCGUCCUACCUUUUUCCACCUCAGUAUUGCUGAAAAUGUUUGUUAUCCGUAUAAAUACCAACCAGCCGACUUACCAAAGUUAGUCCAAGCCGCCCAAAAAACUGGCAUUGCGGAGUUUAUUGAUAAAUUACCUAAGGGAUUUGACACCGAAUUAAGAGAAGGCGGUGCUGACCUGUCCGAAGGGCAAAAGCAACAAAUUGCCGCUAUGAAAAUGUUUAUUCAUGAUUAUGACAUUUAUAUUCUAGACGAAAUAUUAAGCAACGUUCACCCUACCCUCAAAGCAACUAUUCUCCAAAAUGUUUUCACCCAAUUAAAAGGUAUAGGCACUGCUACUAGUAGUAGAAAUACAAUAACAUUACGUUCGGAUGAUGGUACCGGCACUGCUGCUGGUAAUGGGGUUCGUUUUGCUAAUGUUAACGGCACUGUACAAGAUGAUACAGUAAUUAGAGCUGGUGCUGCUGGAAAUGAGGUAAAACAAAACAUUAUUGACAUUAAUAGUUAUGAUAAUACUGUGGCGAAUUUUAACGCUAAUGGUUAUAAAAAAGUAGAAUUUGAUAAAAGUUCUGGCACUGAUAAUCACAAACUAAUAGAUAUUUUUGAAGAAACCGAAGAUUUAAUAGAAAAACUGGAAAAAAGAUAUGCCGAAGAUAAAUUACCUAGUAUUGGAGACAUAGAGACCGAUAUUAAAAAUUUGACUUCUUAUUAUAAUGGUACUGUUGGUUCUGCUACUGCUAAAACUAACUAUUUUGCUGCUCCCACUAAGGAAAAUGCUAAAAAACUAAUCUAUUCAUUUGUUUUCAAACAAGAGGGUAAAGGUGUUAGUAAUAAUGGACCUGGUGAUCAUGAAAAUAUUUAUAAAAUCAUGAUUGACUUAUUACUAGGAAGAACGAUGGAGGCUAAUGCUAAUGGAAUUACAAUAACCGAUCGUGGUUCGGGCGUUGCUCCUACUCUGGGUGAUGGUAAUUUGGACGACAGCCCAGCGGGCAAAGCUAAUUUAACUAAAAUUGUUAAUGGUGAUACGGCAGGUGCUACUAGCCUAAACAAAUACGGAAUUAAAAAUGGCAAAUAUCGGAAUUUUGAAAUAUUUUUGUCUUCCCAAGUCAUAGGUGCUGCAACUGGUACUGGUGAAGUUCGGUUAGAAUAUAAAGCUCCUAGCACCAACGUGGCUGCUGAUCAUAGUGCUGCCGCCUCAGGCAGAACUGUUGCCAAUAUUGAUUUAUUUGCUGACUCAGACCUUUUUAAAGGCAAAAAUCCGCUACAGUGUCGCGGCUUUUUACCCGAGGAUAUUGGUAGCGGUUUAGCAGUUGCUGGGCCGGUCUUUACUUAUCAAGGACAGAACAUAGCAGCUAAUACACAAAUCGAUGCAGGCACAGGGGAGAAGGGUAGUUUCUCCAAAUAUAAUUAUUCCCAGAUGACGAAAUUUGCUUUUGAUUUAGCUUUUGACACUACAUUUAAUAUCAAUACGGCUAUUAAAAAGAAAUGUAAUAAUGAUACAGAAAGAAAAGUUUUUAUAGGUCAAUUAACAACUAAUUACCUAACAGCUGCCGUUUCUGUAAUUUUAAAAUUAAUUAGUAAAAUUCAAAGCGAAAAAGAUGCUCCACCUACUCCUAAUAAAAAAAUUACCAAGGCCGAUAUUGAUGCUGCCCGAGAUAGUAUUACUUACCUGUCGGAGGAAGAAAGCAAUUUGAAAAAGAUUUUUAACCAGCACGAAGCCGAAAUUCUUGCGGGUGGUAGACCGCUUUUAGAUGCCUUAAAAAAAUUAGUUAAAUUAAUCGACCAAGCUUAUAAAGACGGCAACGAAGUCAGCCCUACCGAAAAGAUUAAAGAUAAAGACGGCAAGCCUUUCGCUUCCACGGCUCUUUCCAAAGCCAAAAAGAAAGAUGAUGAAAAAGAAAAAACUCCUGAGGAAGCCAGAGAAGCCUUGAAAACUGCCAUUAAUGACGCUAAUAUUUCGAGUAAGAUAUUAGAAAAAUUAACUAAUGCGGAUGCCAAAACGAUUGGAGCCGUAAAUAACUAUCAGAAAGUAAGUGGAACUGGUUUUGUAGAUGGAGCGAUUAAACAUUUAGAAGAUUUAAAGCAAACAGAAGAAGCGGACACCAAAGAUUUAUUAGAAGCUGAUUCUCUUGAUAAGUUUAACGCUGCUGAACUCGUGUUUAAAGAAAAAUCAACAUAUAAAAAUGAUAAAGCUCAUUUUGAUAAACUUUUACCACGGUGGAAAAAAGCUGCUGAAUUAUUAGGGAUUAACAAAACUGACGAAGAUUACAAAUUAAUAGCUGAACUACUCCGCUUUAAUCACAAAAAAUACUCGGAUACUGAUACUAGUAAAAUUAGUGAACUAGAAAGAUUAAAGAAAGGUUUAGAAAGUUUUAAAAAUGCCAAAGGCGGAAAAAAGAAAGAAAUCCUGGAUAAAAUUGGCGGUGAUAUUAAACUGACCGAUAUAAUAAGCGAAAUAAACGAAAAGUUAACUAAGCUAAAAAAAAUCCAAAAAGACAAGGAAGAUUCAGAAGAUGAUUCGGGCAAGUUCCAAUGA